AUGGAGCACUCCGGUCAAGUCGAGGCAAGUCAGCUGGUGAACACCACAAAUGACAGUUUUAUUACAGCUUCAUCCACUGUGGAUGAGAGCGCGGAGUCUCUCGCCUAUAAGAUCAGCCUGGCGGUGAUUCUCUCUGUUAUCACACUGGCCACCACUUUAUCUAACGCGUUUGUCAUUGCAACAAUCUCCCAGUCGAAGAAACUGCAAACUCCUGCCAACUUUCUGAUCGCCUCUCUGGCCAUUACCGACCUCCUGGUGUCUAUUCUGGUGAUGCCCAUCUGCGUUCUGUACACGGUCAUCCACACCUGGACGCUGGGGCAAGUAGUGUGUGACAUCUGGCUCUCGUCGGACAUUACGUGUUGCACCGCAUCCAUCCUCCACCUGUGCGUAAUCGCUUUGGAUAGGUACUGGGCCAUCACGGACGCGGUGGAGUACUCCAAAAAGCGCACGCCGGGACGCGCAGCCGGGAUGGUGGCCACAGCCUGGGUCAUCGCCAUCUCCAUCUCCCUGCCUCCUCUCUUCUGGAGGCAGGUGAAGGCGGAGGAGCUGACCAGCUGCAGCGUCAACACGGAUCAUAUUUUCUACACCAUCUACUCCACCUUUGGGGCUUUUUACAUCCCCACCUUGCUGCUUAUUGUCCUCUAUGGACGGAUUUACGUCGAGGCUCGGAAACGGAUCCUGAAGCAGUCCCCCAAGAAGGUGGGGAAGAGACUCACCUCUGCGCACCUGGUCACCAACUCCCCCGGUUCCGUGGCGUCCACGACCUCUCUGCAGUGCGGGAGACACGACACUCCGUCCAGCGACACCGCGUCUUCAACAAGCGAGAACCAGGUGAAAGUGACGGUGUCAGACGCGCUUUUGGAGAAAAAGCGGAUUUCAGCAGCCAGAGAGAGAAAAGCAACAAAGACUUUGGGGAUAAUCCUCGGCGCUUACAUCGUUUGCUGGCUGCCGUUUUUCAUUUACACACUGGUGGUGGCCAUAUGUGACACAUGUUUUAACCCCGAGUUAUUUGACUUUUUCACCUGGCUGGGAUACCUGAACUCCCUCAUCAAUCCGAUUAUAUACACCAUGUCAAACGAGGACUUCAAGAAAGCUUUCCAUAAACUUGUGCGCUUCAGAUGCUGCGGGUCGUGA